GCAUUAUUUAAGAACCCAAAGUGGGGCAGAUUUAAGUUUUUAGAAAAAAACUCUGGAUAAAAUUUGACAUGGUCUAUCAAACCAAAGCCUGCAAUUUUCAUAAACAGUAUUUUUAAGAUUUUGUCCAUAGGGAGCGAUAUUUCUCUCGGGUCUAACAAAACACAUUAAGGUUUUCAAAACUGCUUUCAGUUUUCUUAAAGCAAUCGGGCCCAAAUUUCAUUAUUUUUCAAUUUAAAGUAUAAUUUCAUCCAAAGUUCGUUAAUUUUUAUUAUUUUAGUAAAACCCUGUUUUCAUUUUACCAAAUCAAUUAUUUAUAAAUCUAUCUAUUCUAAUAAAUUGUCACAAAACUUAUUACAAAUUUAUUAUCACUAUAAAAAUUUCAAAUAAAUAAAUAAAAGUAUAAACAAAAUUCCAAAAAAAUGCCCGAUAUCGCUAAAGAAACUGAAAGAUUAGAUAAUGAAUUUAAUGAAUUAAUGCAAAAACUGGAAAGUUUUAUGUAUAUAUACAAUUAUCGUGAGAAAUAUCUUAUAACGGAAUGGUUAACAAAAUUGAAAAAUUCUAAAACAUCAUUGGAAGAAAGAAAAUUACGAAAUCGUUUUCUAAAAUAUUUUGUUACAAAUCAAGAGUCUGCCGUUAAUGUCUUUCGUUUGGAACCAUUUAAUAAUCCUAAAGAUUUUAGUGGACCAUUAAGGGAUUUGAAAAAGUUGUUGCCCAAAGAUCCUGACGAAGCUUUGAAUCCUUGAGAUGAAAAACGUUCUUAUAUGGCGGAUUUAUUUGAUAAAUUACUUGAUAAAGGUGCAUUUUUAGCUCAACAGCCUGUACCACGAUGUGGUACAUUUUUAUACUUAUUUCGUUGCAUUUGA